CAAGUUAGGCAGGCAGCACUUAGGCGCCGCGUGGUGGGUAAAUGAUGCUGGAUGGUUCGGGGGCAGAAUUUUGAACUUUUUCGAUGCCGGCAGCAAAGACCGGCGAAGGCUUCGUUAGAGCCCGACGCAGCUCCGUCCGGCCCCGCCCCUGGACUCUCAAGUCCCCGCGGGCAAUAGCUUGAGGGGGAUGCUCUUACCACUGUUAUGGCUGGCGCUCGAAGUAGGGAUACGCUCCCGCAAGGGAGGAAGCUGCCAAACGCCGACCUCUCGCAAGAGCAGACGACGACCGUGGGCCCUUCAGCAGAAGAGCUCAGAUAUGAAGACAAGCUCUCGAUGUGCAGCAAAUUAUGCUAUGGCAUUGGAGGUGCUCCAAACCAGAUUGCCAACAGCGCCAUCUCUUUCUUUCUGCAGAUCUAUCUCUUAGAUAUAGCUUUGAUUACUCCAUUCCAUGUCUCUUUGGUGCUAUUCCUUGGCAAAGCAUGGGGAGCGGCUGCAGAUCCUGUUGCAUGCUAUCUUAUUAAUAAAACCAAACAGACUAAAAUUGGCCAACUUAUGCCUUGGUUGUUGGGUUGUACACCUUUAAUUAUUGUGACCUAUUUUUUGCUGUGGUAUUUCCCUUUCUUCAUAUCUGCAAGAGUUGUGUGGUAUCUGACUUUCUCUUGCCUUUUCCAGGCACUGACUACACUAUUUCAAGUACCGUAUGCUGCUCUCACGAUGUUUCUGAGCGCAGACCAGAAGGAGCGAGAUUCAGCAACAGCAUACCGAAUGGCAUUUGAAGUUCUUGGAAUAUUGGUUGGAGCUACAUUGCAGGGGAAAAUGGUCUCCAGUGCUCACACCUCUGAACACUGUAGCCAGCAUCCAACUGUAGAUGGUGUGCACUCUCCCAUACUGCAAGGAAACAGUUCCAGUGUCCCAGACCUGUCCAAUGCAAGACAACUCUACAUGACUGCAGCUGGAGUAAUAGGAGGAAUGUACUUUGCUGGCAUUGUUGCCCUUUACUUUGGAGUGAAAGAAAAAGUAGAUCCUUACGCCUUAAAAUCAGACCAGAAAGUUCCUUUCUUUAAGGGACACAAGCUUGCACUGAAGUAUGGACCAUAUGUGAAACUUGCAGCAGCAUUUCUCCUGAUUUCAACAGCAGUUCAGGUUGAGCAAAGCAACUUGGUCCUCUUUUGUACUCAUGCAACUGAUCUUCGCAACCACUUUCAGAUUUUAGUGCUGCUCAUCUUGCUGUCUGCAUCAAUGAGCAUUCCAUUCUGGCAAUGGUUUCUGAACCAUUUUGGCAAAAAGAGUACAGCGUGUGGGAUAUCAUUGAUGAUUCCUUCUUCAGUCAUGCUGGUGAUCUUCCCAAUCCCGGUUGUUGCCUACGUUGUGGCUUUUGUAUCUGGGCUGAGCAUUGCAGCAUCUUUGCUGUUGCCAUGGUCAAUGUUACCUGAUGUAGUUGACCACUUUCGAGUGCAGAAUCCUCAUUCAACAGGGCAUGAAACCAUCUUCUAUUCUUCAUACGUCUUUUUUAUUAAGCUAUCGGCUGGGAUUGGACUGGGAGUUUCUGCCUCCAGUCUGGAGCUUACAGGCUUCAAAUCAGGGAUGUGCAAACAGUCAAGCAGUGUUGUUAUCAUGCUGAAAAUCUUGGUCGGUGCAGUCCCAUCUAUCCUUAUCCUCUUAGGCUUGUUUGUACUCAUGUUCUAUCCAAUCAAUGAGAAAAGCCGAAAGGAAACAAAAUAUGCCCUUCAAAUGCUAAGGAAUCAUCCAAGCACUGCAAGUCACCCUGAGAAUGAAGAAAUCACCGCUCUUUGAAAAGCCUGAAUAGAAAUUGCCUGCGGUAACUAAAACCUAACCAGGCAGCUGCACUUGGUGGGAUAGGUGGCUUUUCCCUUAUCCCACUGAAGCUUUGUUUCAAGGACAAUACAAGCAUUUAUAUGUCAAGGCUACAUUAAUUCAAAAGACAUUGUAAUGUGGAGCAUGGCUUGGACAAGAGUGCUUAGGAGUUGUAUGUAUAUAACGCUGCAUCGUACUGCAAAGCUCUGGGAAAGCUUCCUGGUGCCCUUUCCACUGAUUCACAGCUAUUUUGAGGAGGAUUGUAAGUACCUAAAAACAAGCUGUCUUGCAGGAGAGACAAGGCUAGCUAGGGCCUGUGAAUGUUGUCCUGUGCCUCUUCAUGAAUGGGCAGUACUCAAAAAUUUCAGCUAAGGGAUCAUGUUCUCCAUGCCUAAGUAGACCAUGUAAUUCCCAUUCGUCACUUGUUCUAAAUAACUGAUUACAGCAACGUAAUAAAAUGAAAUGAAAUUAAAUGGGAGGGGGCCCUUUGUCUCAUCAACCUUUCAAAGUGUCACUAAAGCAUGUGUUUCAUGCUUUACAAAUAUAUUUUGCAUUGUCUUCAUAUGUGAGGAUGUUUCAGCUAAAUUGUUUUCGGUCUGUAGGCACUUGGUUUUGUCCCAUUAAAAGUGACCAUGUACGAAAACAUAUUGCCAAAUAUGAAUGGAUUGCCAUGUGCUUCCCAUGCGCUUUUUAAUUUAAGCCUGUUUUUAAAACUCCUGAGUUAAGGCUACAACAAAGCAGGAGCAUCCCUAAUGCAGCAUUUUACCAGAAUGUUCCAAAAAUGCAAAGCUUUAGUGUGAGGCUUUGUUCCUGUAACAUGUUGGAGAUUUGUUACACCAAGUGAAUAGCUCCACAAUUAUUUACCUGGGGACAAUAUUAUUGAGUGUGGCUAUUCAAAGUCAAGGUUUCAAAAAAUUGCUACUCCAUUUUAUUACUAAUUAUGGCAUAGACUGCCAAAUAGUAUAAUAGUGUGCACAAUGGGGUUGGAGGCAUUUUAUUUAAUAGCUAAUCAAGCCAAAAUAAUAUUUUCCCAGAAAUUGUGUUAUUUGGAGGCGAACCAACCUUUUGAUUAAUUUGAAAAAAUAGAAAUACUGUAUUCUGAAAGUCAAGAUGUUCAGUAUUGCACCAAAAUUUCAGGCCAUUUUAUACCAUCUAGGAGGACUCACUUUACUACCACAGGGCCCACCACUGAUUUUGUCGCUGGAAGUUCAUGUGGAGACUCUUGGGUUUUUUUUAACUGAAACCUUCAUGUUGGGUGCUGAACGUGCAGUCACCAUAAUUUCCAUAAUUGUACCAGCCCAUUUGUGAGUGGCUAUGACUCAAAUUGCUGCAGUAGUGAAUGUGGCCUUGGAGACACCAGUUCACACAAACAGCAUCUCCAUAUGAACACCUCCUGCUCAUGUGCUCAGUGGCAGAUGUGUGUGCCUCCUGGGGAAUUUCACAGAAGAUGCCAGAUAAUAUGAAUUAGCCCUUUGAGUGGCAAAUGCUUAUAACAGAAGUCUUAUGUCUGUCUAUGCACAUGGUAUAUUGGUAUUAUUUUCUAUCAAAACACUCUGGUCAUACCACCUGAAUUCACUCUGUCAUCCAGUGCAACUGCACUUAUUUACACCAGUUAAUGUUUUGGUCCUGGUUUGUGAAUACAGAUUAUUGAAACUUCUGAACUUGUAGCCAGCCCAUACAUAGAAAUAGGUACAAAAGAAGAGCAGACUACUUCAUGUGCUUUCUUCCCCUGCUUGUAUGUAAUCUGACUCUCCAGUUAUGUUCUUAAUGAGCUAAAAAUAUAAUAUGCAGCAUGUAGCAUGUAGCAUUGCUAGGAAAUCUAAUGUGUGUGUGUGUGUGGAAAUCAUACAGUACAUUGCACACUUUCUGCCCAGUGUUGGCGAAAUGUGAAGAGGUAUUAAACUCCAUUAUCUCUGUUGCCAGCACAAAAAUUGUGGUAUUUUUAUAUAGAAAAGCAGGUUCUCUCAGUCUGACUGGGUACAUCUCAGUAUUCUUAUUGCUAAAAUGUAUAGUUUAAUAUAUUUGAAAAUGUAGGGUUUAUUUUUGUGAAUGAACUGGAGUAUUUAUUUUUAUAAUGCUUAAGUUUAAAAGCACUCACUGAGUUGGGAGAAAUUCUUAAUGCUUAGUAUUGGUACAUUUCAGUUAUUUGGAGCACAACCCACUGGAAACAGUUCUUUACCUGAGCCCAGUGGAAUGAGGUGAAGUUGUGCAGAAUCCAAGCAGGGUUGUUCUUGUGACUUUUGCUAAUUUUCAGUGGGAAUGGUACAAAAUAUAUUAUUUGUGAAUUGUCCUACAUCCAAUCAAUAAAAUAUACACACACACAGCCACUCCCAGGAUGCACCUCCACAGAUUAUGGCAUAGAAUUACUCAAACUGUCACCGAUCCAUCUAAAAUGUUUGUUAUAAUGUCACAGUAUUCAUGUAGAAAGAGACCAUAUUGGAUUGCAGAGCAAACCUACUUGAAUAGGUCCUGUACAAUUAAUGCCGCAGUCAUCAAGUCUAUGUUUAAUUUAACAUUUCAGAGAAUACUCAUCACUUUUUACAGCUUUGCAGUAGAGACUGGAAACUCAACAGAGGUCUUGCCCAAAGACAAAAUGCUCAGAUACCAAUUUCAGUUAACCUUCUGAAGUAAUGUGCAAAAAUUCCCACACUGUAAAGUGCCUCUUGGACAGGAGAAGUGGGAGGGUACAGUAUCUGUAAAAUGAGGUUCACGACCAUUGUAUUGCAUAUCAAAUAUUUGCAGUGUGCUUGAAAUUUCAUUUUCAUAUUUAAUUUCCUCCUAAUCUGAGUAAAAUUAUAGUUCAAAUAAUUUGAUAACAGACCAUAUCUGUUACAUGCUUGCCUCAUGCCUAUUGGAUAAAUGAACAAAAUAAACCAA